AUGCUGGUUAAUAAGAGUCAUAUGAGCGAUCAACAGCUUCGUGCCAUUGCUCUAUCUGCUAUUGAAAACAAAUAUCCUAGAGAUACAUGGUUAUAUAUCUAUACAGAUGGAUCACUGAUUAACGAUGAAGGCGGAGCGAGACCCGGAGUGAGUUGUGAUCUUUUUUCGUGCUAUUCACCAGUUGGGGCUCAUUCUACCCAUUACGAUGGUGAAAUUGAGACUAUUUAUAUCGCUUUAAAGCAGCUGGCAAUCCGCCGUUCAUCAUUCUGUAGAUCGGUUAUUUUAUUAGACUCCACGUAUGCUCUGCAAUCUUUUACAAAUAGACAGUAUACCCGUAAUACCAGUAUUCUGGAGAGCAGAAAGCUGGUAAUUUCGAUCUCUCUUUCCUUCCAUUGGAUACCAACCCACAGUUGGAUUCCUGGAAACAAGGCUGCCGACUUUUUAGUCAAAAAGGGGGCAGGAGCCCUCCAGAGACCUUUGAAAAGCCUCUCUUUUCAUUCAGUCAAACUCCUGGUAAAAGGAAGAUAUAACACCAGGAUAAAGCAGAAAGCAUAUUGGAAGGCUAAAUAG